AUGCCUCAUCGACACCUGUCAGCGGCGAGCCCGACUGAAUCAGCGCAGUCGGACUCCUCGAAGACAACUCACCGAAACGACGACGACGUACAUGGCAUCAGCCACUCUGCAUAUUUCGGUGGCAGCAAAGCUGGUCAUGUCUAUGGCAACGGGCCCAGUGACACCGGCUCUGUGCACGUCAGCAGCGGCAUGAGGAACGAAGUGAAUGUCGGAGGUAACUCUGGCGGUGGACUGGCUCUCGAACAUAAUGGCGGAUCCAGCACGACGAAGUAUGUGUAUUCAAGGUCUGCAGCGGAAUGGAAAUGGUCAGGAAACGGCAAAGCGGGCUCGCAGAAUGACUGGGACGAAGACGAUGUCAGUACCAUCCGCGGAUAUGUUGCGAGCAACGCGAGCACAGUCCAUGCUCAGCCACAUGUAGGACCCCAGGCUGGCUCAAACGUCGAUUCUGCGGUCACGACGGGACAGCUGCCUGGUGUUGUACAUGCCAGUUCAAGAGGGUUGGGCUAUGAGCAGGACAACGCACAGUCGAGGCACACCUCCGACUUCAGUGGUGGCGUCUGCACAUGCGAACCUUGGCAAGGCUUCCGGCAAUGCGACGUCCAUGGUUGGGGUAUUCCGAACGCCGACCAGCUUUCGGGCUCGUACGCUGGCUCCUUUGCUUUCGAUAGUCACCCCGCGUUUCGGGUUCACGGGACAACCGAGGCCUCAGAGGCAAACUCGGUUCGCUCGACCAACGUCAUAUCACCCGCCAUGAUCCCUGCUCCUCAAGCGUUCUUUGGAACUGACAAAGUCCUCUCCUGGCUCACGACACUGGCGUCAUCCAUGGCUCCUGAAAACGAUGCGCGAAGCAUGGCAGCCGAGAAUGAAGACCUCGCCAGUGUUUCCGUGUUGGUACAUGACGAGACCGAGAGCCGGGACAUGAGUGGGGGCACACACCUUGCUAACGGUUCUCAAUCCCGUCGUGCCACACCGGCGCCGCCCGAGAGCGCGACGGAGAAGCGGAUCUUCAUCGCACCUGGGCCUUCCAUCAAUGACUCUAGAGCCAGCGAGCUGGCAUCCAUCGAGUACGGCAGCGAGAGCGGAUACGUUGCUAGCGUCGAGACUGUCGGUGGUCCUCGCGAAGAAUCCAGCCUUCAGAAAAGGCGCACUCGGGUUACCUGGUCGAAACAGAGGGCGUCGGCAACAAAGAUGCUAGCUGCUCCAACCGCGAGCCCUCGUAAGGGCCGGAAAAAGAGCCAGAAAAAAUCCACCGCUGAGAGGGCAGUCUCAAUGGUAAAGAGGUGA